AUGGCUCGGAUACUGAUAACAGGCUCAUCAGACGGUUUAGGUUCCCUCACUGCCCGUGCACUGGUCCAGAGAGGGCAUUCCGUGGUCCUUCAUGCGAGAAACGACCGACGAGCCCAAGAUGCGAGGGCUGCUUGUCCUGGCGCCGAGACAUGUGUUGUCGCCGAUCUCUCCGACAUUGCACAGACCAAAACCAUGGCUCAAGACAUCAACAAGCUUGGCGCUUUUGACGCGGUAAUCCAUAAUGCUGGCCUUUAUACAGGUCCCUACCGAAGGACCAAGGAGGGUUGGCCCAGUAUCUUUGCGGUCAACACUCUAAGCCCCUAUAUCCUUACCUGCCUCAUCGAUCCUAAGCCACAGCGACUCGUGUUCGUGUCAUCUGGCCUUCACAGUGGUGGCGACCCUGCGUGUAAAGAUAUCACAUGGCAAGAGCGUGGAGAAAAAGGCUUCAGAGAUUUCCAAGCGUACUCGGAUACCAAACUGCAUGAUAUCCUCCUGUCCUGUUUCUUUGCAAGGAGAUGGCCUGAUGUGAAGAGCAACUCGCUCGACCCGGGCUGGGUGGCUACUAAGAUGGGGGGCGCUGGGGCAACAGGAGACAUCAAUGCUGCAGUUGAUACCUACGUGAUGUUGGCAGAAGGAAUUGGUGAGGCCAAGGAUGUCUCUGGCAAAUACUGGUUUCAUUGCAAGAUAAGAUCGCCCAAGAGAGAAGCAACUGCUGAGGCUGUUCAGGACAAUCUCAUUCGACAGUUGGAAGAGCUCACGGGGGUUCAACCUGACUAA